AUGGCAUCCACAUCAAUAACAAACAGUGUUCCAAAUUUGCCUAAUUCUAAUUUUGAAAUAUUUGAUGGCAAAGACUUUCCUAGAUGGCGUGGAAAGAUGAAAUUCUUUUUAAGACGAUUAAAAUUGGCAUAUGUUCUUGAGAAACCUUGUCCCGAGGCUCAUAGUUUCGAGGUAGCAACGGACGAGGCUACUUUAAUUAAAGAACAAAUUGCCAAAUGGCAAGAUGAUGAUUACUUAUGUAAGAAUUAUAUUCUUGGAGGAAUGUCCAAUAAAUAUUAUGAUCAAUAUUAUAUUAAGUGCAAAUUUGCUAAGGAGAUUUGUGAUACUCUUAAAGCUAUUCAUUUAGCAGAAAAGCUUAUAGCUAAUAAAAUUGCUUUAUCUGAAAUUGCUCUUGAUGAAAACUUUCAUGUUGGUGCUAUUGUUUCAAAACUUCCUCCAUCUUGGAAAGAGUACAGAAGCAAACUUUUACACAAGAAGAAAGAUUUGACUCUUGAACAAUUAUUGCAGCACUUGCAAAUUGAACAAGAGACACGAUAUCGUGACAAUAACAUCUUGAAGGAACCCAUCAUGAAAGCUCAUGUUAUUGAUGAAAAAGCGAUUAAGAAGGAAUAA